GAACACCGGAGACGAGGUUCUUACAGUCGGUUGCAAUCUCCACUCCAGCGCCACCAUUCUUCGUUCAAUCGCAGGCAGCUUCAAUUCCAAAAAGCAAAAAGCAUGGCUCUAGCCGGGUUCCCUCUUCAAUCGAAACAUACCCGUCCGGUCCCGACGAUUGGAGCAUGCAUCACUUCACUCUCUGCUUGCAAGGUCAAGACACAGAGCAGAGCGCAUUUGCUGCCAAGAUUGCCAAGUCCUUGUAUUCCAAUUGAGAGUGCCUCGAUUGCACAGCACAACGGACACUCAUCUCAUCACUCAUCAGAAGCAGCCUGGAUCGCUUCGCUUUUGGUAAGAUCCAUU